AUGAAUGCCGUUCAUGGAGAGGUUCUUAUGCCUGUCGUAGGACUUGGCACAGGAGGAUAUGGCAAUCCGAAUGGUACUGAAGGUGAAUAUUGGGGACCUGAACAAGCCCAUAAUUCUACAGUUGUAUGGUUAAAAUUGGGUGGAAGACGCAUUGAUACAGCCUAUGGCUAUGGUUCACGCGACGGAGUCGGUACAGGAUGGGUGGCUAGCGGUGUACCUCGCUCCGAAAUAUUCAUCACAUCUAAAGUGGAUCCGUCUGGGUAUGCUGAAACCCUCGAAGAGUUUGCUAUUACUCUCAAAUCUCUGAAGACUGAUUAUAUCGAUCUUCUUCUCAUACAUUGGCCGGGCGCCCAACCAGGCUCGUCCGGUCAACCAAUUCCUUCAUGCAAGCAAGGGAAAUCAACUUGGGCCGACUGUCGUUUUCAAACAUGGCAAGCAUUAACAAAACUAUUCGAUGAGAAACGUGUUCGUGCGAUAGGUGUGAGCAACUUUGAAGUAAAUCAUUUAUUAGAAAUUAUUAAUUUAAAUUCUUCUAUUCCUAGUGUCAAUCAAGUUGAAUUUCAUCCAUAUUGGCAUGAAGAUGAACUUCUUGAUUUCUGCAAGAAACAUAACAUUACUUUCAAUAGCUAUUCUCCAGGUGGUGCACCGGAUCACGCAGUAACGCUUGGUCCCACUUGGAAUCCUAUUCCAGAUAUGCGCAAGCAUCCUAAUAUUACUCAAAUUGCACAGAAGCAUCAAAAGACGCCUGCACAAGUAAUAUAUCGAUGGCAAUGGCAGCAAGGUAUCGUCAUUAAUCCUCGCACUCUUAACUCAAUACACAUGUUGGAGAAUCUGUCGAUAUUCGAUUUUGAACUCGAUCUGCAAGAUAUGAUGACUUUGGCCUAUUUAGAUCAUCCAAUCACCAAAGUUGGCAAUGAUCCAAGACUAAUUUUGUAG